UAUGAAAUAAGGAUCAAUCAUUGUUGAUUUAGCUGCUGAAACUGGAGGAAAUUGUGAAUUAUGUAAACCAGGAGAAUUAUAUAAUCAUUAAGGAAAAGUUAAAAUCAUUGGUUAUACAGAUUUACCAAGUAGAUUACCUACUUAAAGUUCAACUCUUUAUGCUAAUAAUAUUGGAAAAUUAAUGUAGUAUAUUGUAGGAACUAUCAAAGAUCCUAAUGGAAAUAUUACAUAAGUUGAUUUGAAUGAUGAUGUUGUUAGAUAAUCAUUAGUUACAUUAAAUGGAGAACUUAAAUGGCCACCUCCUCCUAUUAUUACAUCUAAAAGCGAACUAUAAUAACCUGAUACAUCAAAAGCUGCUUCACAUAAAAAACAAGAAGUUAAAGUAGAUCCAUAUAAAUAAGCUUGGAAGAAUGUAAUAAAUACAUCAGCAUAUCUUAUGGCAAUGAUGGCUUUAGGUUAUCAAUCUCCAAAUAUGGAAUUCUUAAAAAUGUUGAACACAUUUGCUUUGGCAGGAAUAGUAGGUUAUUAAGUAGUUUGGGGUGUUACUCCAGCCUUACAUUCACCAUUAAUGUCAGUCACAAAUGCAGUAUCUGGUAUAAUUAUAGUUGGAGGCAUGGAAUUGAUGGAUGGAAAAUAUAUGCCAGGAUCUUUAACUGGAUUAUUAGCAGCUAUUUCUGUUGCAAUUGCAUCAUUGAAUAUUUCAGGAGGCUUCUUAGUCACAUAAAGAAUGUUAAAUAUGUUUAGAAGACCAACUGAUCCUCCUGAAUAUAAUUAUUUGAUGGCAUUAGCAGGAGCAACAGGAGUACUUGGAUAUUAUGGUGGACUCUAUUACGGAAUUCCUAAAGAACCAUUGACAAAUCUAUCUUAUUUAGCAUCUUCAAUUGCUUGUAUCUUAGCUAUUGGAGGAUUAGCAUAACAAUAAACAGCUAGAAUUGGUAAUAGUUUUGGAUGUUUGGGAGUUGGAUUAGGUGUUGCUGCAACUUUAGGAUAUAAAGGAUUUUCUCCAGAAUUAUUAGCUUAAUGGGCAUCUAUGGUAAUGUUAGGAGCUACUAUUGGUGGUACUGUUGCUACAAGAGUUGCUAUUACUGAUUUACCUUAAUUAGUUGCAUGUUUCCAUUCCUUUGUUGGUUUGGCAGCUGUUUUAACAUCAAUUGGUAACUAUUUACAUGUAUUCCCUCAUUUGGCUGAAGAUCCUGCUGCCCUUGUUCAUAAAUUAUCAAUAUUCUUUGGUAUUUUCACUGGUGGUAUUACAUUUACUGGUUCACUUAUUGCAUUUGCUAAAUUGUAAAAUCUCUUGCCUUCUAAUCCAACUGUUGUUCCUUAUCACAAUUAAGUCAAUAUUGCAUUGGCAGCACUUUCGGUUGCUUCUUUAUUAGUAUACAAUCAAACAGGUAGUUUUGCUGUUGGAAUGACAGCAUUAUUAACAGCUACUGCUGCUAGUAAAGUUUUAGGAGUUACAUUAACAAAUGCUAUUGGUGGAGCUGAUAUGCCAGUUGUAAUUACAGUAUUGAAUUCAUAUUCAGGUUGGGCAUUAUGUGCUGAAGGUUUUAUGUUAGAUAAUCCAUUAUUAACAAUAGUUGGAGCAUUAGUUGGAUCAUCAGGUGCUAUUCUCUCAUAUAUUAUGUGUAAAGCUAUGAAUAGAAAUUUGACAAGUGUUAUUUUUGGAGGAUUCGAUGUUAAUCCAGCAGCUAUUUAAGCUACAAAAGUAGAAGGAACACAUACUGAAAUAAAUGUUGAAUAAGCUGUUGAAAUGAUGGUUAAUAGUAAAUCAAUCAUUAUUGUACCAGGAUAUGGUUUGGCUGUUGCUAAAGCAUAAUAUCCAGUUGCUGAAAUGUGCAAGACUCUUAUUGAUUAAGGAAUCAAAGUAAGAUUUGGUAUUCAUCCAGUUGCUGGUAGAAUGCCUGGAUAAUUGAAUGUUUUAUUAGCUGAAGCUGGUAUUCCUUAUGAUAUAGUUUUUGAAAUGGAUGAAAUUAACGAUGAUUUCCCUGAUACUGAUCUUGCUGUUGUUAUUGGAGCUAAUGACACUGUCAAUUCUGCUGCUGAAGAAAAUCCUAAUUCACCAAUUGCAGGUAUAAUUUUAUAUUUAUUUUUUAGGAAUGCCUGUCUUGAGAGUUUGGUCUGCUAAAUAAUCAAUUGUUAUGAAGAGAUCAAUGGGUGUUGGAUAUGCUGCUAUUGAUAAUCCAGUUUUCUACAAACCAAAUAACAAUAUGUUAUUAGGUGAUGCCAAAAAAACUUGUGAUGAACUCUCCUCAAAAAUUAAGGAUCAUUUCAAAUCAUGAUCAAGUAUGUUUGUACAAUUUCAUAUAAAAUAAUAUAAUAACAC